AAAAUCAAGAAAGUGCAGUUAAUGCGAUUAUUGACAAAGCCAAUAAAAUAAAAAAAUUUAAGGAUGAAAUUUACCGAUUAGCCAUGAGCCACAUGUGGAGACAUCCCGAAAAAGAUGCUCAAAAAAACCAAAAUGUUUACCCACUUGCUAAUGAUGUUGUUAUUGGUGAACUAAAAGGAAAGAAAGACAUACUUUUUUCUUAUAAUUCAUGUAAAUAUCCUUCUUCUAUUGAUAAUUAUCUUACUUUUGAAGGAGGAAUAGUAAUAAAAACAGUAGGGGAAGAGUGGGUUUUUCCUACUAUUAAUGAAAUUACAAUUUUAUUUCCAAAUCGUGAAGAAAGAGAUAAAAAAUACCAAGAAGAAUUUGGUAAAAUAGGAGAAGCAUUUGCGGAGGCAGAAGAAACAACACCGCCUCCAAAAAAACCAGAGCCAACCACAGAAACACACGCAACGGAAACGGGAGAGACCGGAGACACACCACAAACGGAAACAACUGGGAAUUCAGGGCAAAUGCCAGAACAAAACACAACGCCCCCUCCUAAACCUAUUAGCGUUUAUGAUUAUUUCGAAGCAAAGUUGGCAGACGAAGACCAAGAUUUUGGGCUUGUAAAUGAAGACCACAUAGACAGCCAACGGAAAUUCAUUAAAUAUGAAUUUCUUAAAAACAAACUUGAAGAAAUUUAUCCUCAAAAAAAAGGCUCUCCAAGUGACGGUUCUCUUCCUAGUGAAGAUGGGCUUGCUCAGACUAAAAAAAAUGCUAUUCAAACCAUCACUGCUGCUCUAAACCUAGAACCUGCCGUAAAAGAAAGCGAGUUAACAUCCGAUACCAGAGCCUACGAAGAAAAGAAAGAGGAAAUUCAAACUCAAAAAAAACGGUCUGCUUUGGAAGACCCUGACAAAUAUCGUCGGAAUGUUGCUAUUCCAGGAAUUAAGGAGACAAUGGCAAAAAACGAUAUUAAAGAAGACGAGUUAGAUGAUGAGACAAAAAGAAAUUGA